UACUUGGAGAUUAGAUUUCUACCAAACCUCCCCCCAUGAAUCAAAUGGUCUCUCUCAAUCCAUCAACAAAGUGCAAAGGUCAGAGUCCGUAGGUCAAAGUCCGACAGACCCUUUUCCAAUAUCGCACCGAUCAGGACAUCGUCACGAGCCGUACACAGGGUCAGUCGGGGUUGUCACGGUGGCGAGGAAGUGUCCUUACAGCGUGGAGAUUCUUCCAACUAUAGAUUUUCCGGAAAAAAAUGUUUCGUGUUCGUCAUCUAUUCGCCGUCCUGCUGGCGGUGUUGGCGUCCGUGGUCGGUCUGAAACACGGCCCGACACGAGUGGACGCCGCCUGGGUGCUGCUACGAGGAGAAACGCUACUCGCCUUCCAAUGGCCGUCCGUAGAAAUCCUCCUGCUCUUCGCCAUUGGUCUCGCUGGUGCCAUCUGGCUUUAUCAGGUACUGUUUUCUCCCAUGGAGUUCUGUCGUCAGCUCGGUGACCUGGGGUAUCACCCGGACGGGACGAGGAACAUGAAGGCCAUGGCUAACGACGCCCGCAGGCGGCGGCAGAGGGGCCACCUCCCGCCGGUCUAUCCCAACGGCUGGUGGGGGAUUCUCGAGUCUCGUCUGCUACAACGGGGUCAGGUCAAGGAGGUUGUCGCUUUAGGGGAACAUCUAGCGGUGUUUCGUCAGGAGAACGGGACAGUGUCUGUAGUGGACGCGUACUGCCCGCACCUGGGCGCCAACCUGGGCGUGGGGGGACGGGUGGUCGGCAACUGUAUCGAGUGUCCCUUCCACGGGUGGCGGUACCGGGGAGAGGACGGCAAGUGUAUGCACAUCCCGUAUGCCGCUAAAGUUCCCGACGUGGCCCGAGUGAAGUCGUGGACGUGUCUGGAGUGUAACGGCAGUAUCUACAUCUGGUACCACUGUGACGGGGAGGAGCCCUCAUGGACACCUAAACUGGUGGACGAGGUGGAGAGCGGGGAGUGGACGUGCCGGGGGCUGUCUGAACACUUCAUCAACGCACAUGUGGAGGAGAUAUCCGAAAACGGAGCGGACAUCGGUCACCUGAACCACCUGCACGGGCCCGGGGUAACGACAGGGAAUGACCUGCGCCACAUCUGGUCGUCUUUCACCGGCUUCUUCACACACCAGUGGGAGGCGGACUGGCAACCCUUCCCCGCGCCAGACACACAGUUCGGCACCAUGACCGUGGACAUGGACAUGUAUCUCUUCGGCUACAGAAUCCCCCUGCCGAGUGUCAAGGCCCGUGCCAUACAGAACGGCCCGGGCGUGGUGUACCUGUACAUUGAUGGUCCCCUGAUGCACGUAGUGCUGGUGAGCUCCAUCACGCCAGUGGAACCCCUCCUGCUGCGCUACACACAGAGCAUCUACGCCAGCCGGGGCACCCCGACGUUCCUCGCUAAGAUAGUGCAGUGGGGAGAAGCCGUACAGUUGGAACGUGACGUCACCGUUUGGAACAACAAGUCUUACCCGGCCAAGCCGGUCUUGGUGAAGGAAGACGCCGCCAUCGUACGUCAUCGGCGCUGGUACUCCCAGUUCUACAGUAAAAAUAGCCCGCGAUUCACAACCCAACGGACAAGCUUGGACUGGUAACCUUAGCCCUACCAGAGCAAUGAUGAAAGAUCAGCCGACCAUGUUGUGAUCAAGAGGAGAGAUUGCUAAAGGUGGUAUCUCACUGCACUUGCGU